AUGCCGAAAACACAUAAGACAGCAGGCCCACGCGAGGCCCAGCGCCACAACCCGCUCGCCGAAGAGUACGUCCCGUCGAAUCCAUGGAAGCAAAAGGCACCCAAGCGGCAAAAGCGGUCGAGGAGUGAGACAGAGGAAGAGAAUUACAUUGACUCCAAGGCCUCGCGCAAGAUUUUGGAGAUCGGUAGAGAUCUGGCAGAGGAGGAGGAGCGUGAAAACCAGGUGCGGCGACCUCCCACUGCAAACCCGGCUUUCGACUUUGAUACUCGGCUUGGAGAAGACGACGCAGAGGAGGCUGCAGCCGACUAUGAUGACGACGAGGCCUGGGGAGAGGAGGAAGAAGAGGAAGUCGAGGAAGUCGAAAUAGACCCAGAAGAUCUUGCGACCUUCAACAAGUUCAUACCUACCGACGACAAUCCGAUCGUCUGGCCCGGUCAAGAGACCCAACCUUCAGGCGGUGGGACCGACCUGGCCGCCUUGAUCCUUGAGAAAAUUGCACAGCACGAGGCCGCCAAUCCUUCGCAGCCGAACACCCAGGGAGGAGGCGAUCCCGAGGACGCAGUGGAGCUCCCCGAGAAAGUGGUCGAAGUGUACUCCAAGAUUGGGCUCAUCUUGUCGAGAUACAAGUCGGGCAAGCUGCCCAAACCCUUCAAAAUCCUGCCAACUGUGCCGGCGUGGGAGACGUUGAUCUCUGUUACCAGACCCGACUCGUGGACGCCGAAUGCCGUCUUCGCCGCCACUCGCCUGUUCAUCUCCUCGAAGCCCGCUGUAGCACAACAGUUCUUGAACAUGGUCCUCCUGCCUGCUGUACAGGAGAAUAUCCAGGAGACCAAAAAGCUGAAUGUCCAUCUGUACAACGCAUUAAAGAAAGCCCUCUAUAAGCCUGCGGCGUUCUUCAAGGGAGUAGUGUUCCCACUUCUGGCCGAUGGAACAUGUACCCAGCGUGAAGCCGUCAUUGUCGCAAGCGUUGUUGCCAAGGUCAGCGUGCCCGUUCUGCAUUCCGCCGCCGCUCUCCAUAGGCUGUGCGAACUGGCCGCUGAGCAGAUGAGCUCGGACCCUGACAGUGCCGGGCCUGUGAACAUCUUCAUCAAGACGUUGCUCGACAAGAAGUACGCGCUCCCCUACAAGGUCAUCGAUGCCCUUGUUUUCCACUUUCUCCGUUUCCGUGCUGCAGGCCCUAGCAAUGGCGAUGCUAUGGACACAGAAUCGGUUGCUGGAGAUUUGGGCGGCGCUGGGAAGCUGCCCGUCAUCUGGCAUCAGUGCCUACUGUCCUUCGCCCAGCGCUACCGAAACGACAUCACGGAAGACCAGAGAGAGGCGCUGCUGGAUCUCCUGCUAACAAGGGGCCACAAGAGCAUCAGCCCGGAGAUACGGCGGGAGCUGUUGGAGGGCAGAGGACGUGGCGUGGUGGUGGAACCACCGCCUGUUGGAUUGGAUGGAGACGAUACUAUGGUCAUGGCCAUCGAUUCUUAA